UUUACCGUGAUCAUGGCUGUGAGAAAUCAACCCAAACCAUAUCAGGCCUCUGAAUUCCAGACCAGCGUGUUUGAUUGCUGCGACGACUGUGGAACCUGCUGUUAUGGAUUGUGCUGCUACUUGUGCCUCGGUUGCAGCAUCGCCAGUGACAUGGGCGAGUGCUGCCUGUGCGGUCUGGGCAUGCCCAUCCGCAGCGUCUACAGGACCAAAUACAACAUCAAUGGCUCCAUGUGUAAUGACUUUAUGGUGACCUGGUGCUGUUCGGUCUGCGCCACCUGCCAACUCAAGAGAGACAUUGACCGCAGGAAGGAGCAGGGGAUCUUCUGAUUGGAUUCUACGACACAAGAAAAGUCUGCUUGAAAUGCUCUCGUAAAGAUUUGCAAAUGAAGUCUUAUAUUUGAAUUAAUUUAACUGAGUAUGUUUGUUUUUUAUGUCAACUUUGACCCAAUGAGGACAAUAAGAAUGUCAUUCAUAAAGUUAAAUAUUAGCUUUCAGCAGCACACCUUGAGGGUGGAGAACAGCAGUAUGAUUUAGUGUGAUUGCUAUAAAAAACUCUUUUUUUCUUCUAUAAUCAGCCGACAGGAUGUGGACACGAGUUCUGUUGACUUUCAUUGCGAAAUCAAGUCGUUAAGUUCAUGUUUCUGUUAUGGGAAAAAACCACAUGACAGGAGACAGCAUUUCCCAAUUCCUCAAAUGGUUUUCCAACAGUUCUUGUUUCCUUUGUUAACAUCCGUUUGACAGUUGAACUAUUGAACUGUUUUUUAAAUUCAUCUGAUGAUCUUCUGACAUGGUUACUAAUUGUUAUGUUUUUUUUUUAAUGUCAUCUUUAAUAAAAUGAUUUUAAUAAGUU